AUGGAGGGUAGAAGUGAUGGUACGAUGGAGGAUGGUAUCCCUCCAGGGUCGGAAGAAAAAUCACCACCUGUCUGUGGGAUAGGGUUACGGGUGACGAACAUCGAGGGGAAUAAUCUGUUCCCUAGACGAGGUAUUUACUCUACCAACAAUCAUUCGGUGAUUGAUGGUUUGUUGGAAAUCUCAAAACCUGUGGAAAUGAAGUCUGGUUCGGCUUAUGGAGGAAGUGUUAUGGAGGCGGAUUUCGAUCCCCAUGCAAACCCUAGGAAUUCAGGAAAAUAUGGCUCGGCUUAUGAAGGGAAUGUCAUGGCGGCUGAUCAGGGUUUUAUGGGUAACAAGAAUACGGAUGUGUCUAAACCUGCUUCCUACGCGGAUUUGGUGAAAAAUCAAAAGGUGCAACAAGUGAAUUUCAGGUCUCUUGCUUGUUCGGUGCAACAUGAAGAUUGUGACAUUGUUCUUCCUGUGGAAUCUGUUCGGGUAGUUCAAGACAAGCUAGCGAAUACCUUGUUUGGAUAUUUUUUGGGUGACCGAAUUGCGUUCCCUGCCGUUGAUUACUUUGUCAAGGUUAACUGGAAAAAAUUUGGAUUGCAGAAGUCAAUGAUGAACGCGAAUGGUUUUUUCUUUUUUAAGUUCGAAGACCGGAAAGGGAUGUUGGAUGCUCUAGCUGCUGGCCCGUGGCUGAUAAGAUCGCAACCAUUUUUUCUUCAAGAAUGGACUCCUAAUACCAAGUUAGAGAAAAAGGAAGUUAAGAAAGUUCAACUGUGGGUGAAAGUUCAUGAAGUCCCGAUAGCGGCGUACACGGAAGAUGGCCUUAGUAUGAUUGCAACUACCAUAGGUGAGCCGAACAUGCUUGAUUCGUACACAACGUCUAUGUGUGUAGAUAAUUGGGGUCGUAGUAGUUUUGCUCGGGCCCUUGUGGAGGUGACAGCGGAAAAAGAGCUUAAAGAAAGAAUAACUAUGGCGAUUCCCAAUCUGAAUGGAGACGGCUUUACGAAGGAAACUAUGUACGUUGAAUACGAAUGGAAUCCUUUAAGAUGCUCGUCAUGUUGUGUCUUUGGUCACUCUAAUGAGUCUUGUCCUAAGAAGCCGAAACCUGCUGUUCAAAAAGGUGGUACUACGAUAGCUAAUCAAGAAAUUCGAGUUGUCACAGUGGCCAGGAAAACGGGUAUUAACAUACCAAAACCGAAACCAAAGUUUGAGUAUAGACCGAUCUCUAAUAGUCGUAAAGCUGAUGUGAAACUUAAAUCAAUUUCAACGGGUUUUCAAUCCUCAAACCCGUUUGAGGUGUUAAAUUCAGCUGAUGCGGAUGAAGGGCAAAGUAGCAAACAACAUAACGGAGAUGGAUAUGAUGACUCUGAUGAUGAGGAGGGGCAAGCACUCCUUCUCCGAUGGUUACUGAUGGUUAGUCUGGCUACAUGGAAUAUUAGGGGGUUGAACCGCCCUCUCAAGCAAAAUGAGGUUCGUCAGGUGGUGAAGGAAAAUGGGGUUAGUUUGUGUGCGAUUCUCGAGUCUCAUGUAGACAUUAAUAAACUUGAUAAAGUGUGCAGUUCAGUAUUCCGGAAUUGGGAAUGGACGUCUAAUGGUGGCUAUUGUGACAGAGGUACACGUAUCAUUAUUGGAUGGGAUCCGGAUGUCUUUGAUAUAAUGGUUUUAGCUCAAACUUCUCAAGUGAUACAUGUUCAAAUGACGAUUAAAAGCGACAAAAAGGUUAUUUUCUGUUCGAUUGUUUAUGCUUCUAAUUCCUAUAUUACGAGGAGAGAUUUGUGGAGCCAUUUGAUUAGACAUAAAAUUCUGGUGGGUAAUCAACCUUGGAUUUUAAUGGGUGAUUUCAACUCUGCGUUGAAUUUGGAAGAUAAAUCAAUGGGAUCCUUUAAUAUCUCUGCUAGUAUGCGGGACUUUCAAGAGUGCGUUAAUCAGCUUCAAGUGGCAGAUAUUAAAAGCAUAGGGUUCCACUUCACGUGGACUCAAAAGCCAAAGAAAGGGGUUGGUUUACUAAAGAAGAUCGAUAGAGCCAUGAGCAACAUUCAAUUUGUUAGUGACUACCCGGAAGCGGUGGCGAUGUUUCAACCAUAUCGUGUAUCGGACCAUUGCCCGUGCAUUCUUAGAAUCAACAAGACAGUAAGGAGAAAAGCAAGUUCUUUCAAGUUUGCAAACUUUUUGGUUUAUAAGCCGGGUUAUUUGGAUGUGGUUAAGAAUAAUUGGGAUCUGGCAAUUUCGGGAGUGCAUCAAUUCCGUUUGGUCAAAAAGCUUCGUGCUCUUAAGUCUCCUCUUAGAUCUCUUUUAUUUAAGCAGGGUAAUCUUCAUAAAAAGGUAGAAGAGUUGCGUGGGAAAUUGGAUGCCAUUCAGAGGGAUGUAGAGAAAGAUCCGUUCAAUGAAAAUGCUAGACGUGAAGAAGUCGCGGCUACUCGUGCAUUUCAAGAAGCGUGCCUGGAUGAGGAAAGAUUUCUAAAGCAAAAAUCUAAAGUGGCUUGGUUACGAGCGGGGGAUGCCAACUCAAAAUUUUUUCAUUUGUCUCUGAAAUCUAGAAACCAUCGAACUCGUAUUGAAGGCAUUACGGAUGUAAAUGGGAUGUUUUGUGAAGGUCAGGCAGUUCCGGAAGCUUUUGUCAAUUUUUAUGAGACGUUCUUAGGGAGUGAAGGGGAUACGUCUUCGGUUCUGUCGCCGGAGAUGUUUCAUAACCGUCUAAGCCGGAACGUUGCGGAUUUCAUGGUUCGGUCUAUUACAGUGGAGGAGGUAAAAUCGGCUAUUUUUGCUAUUGGUAAUGAUAAAGCUCCGGGUCCCGAUGGCUACACAGCGGCCUUCUUCAAGAGCUCGUGGGAUAUUGUUGGAACGGAUGUUACAAAUGCCGUUAUGGAUUUUUUUAAUGCAGGCCGGUUGCUUCAAGAGAUAAAUCAUACUCUUAUUGUGCUAUUACCGAAAAUGACUACCCCUGCUACGGUAAAAGAUUUUCGACCCAUUGCUUGUUGUAAUGUUAUUUACAAGUGCAUCAGUAAAAUUCUGUCGGAUCGUUUGAAGGUGGCCCUUAAUGACAUUGUUAGUAUUAAUCAAUCAGCCUUCGUUCCUGGUAGGAAAAUAUCGGACAAUAUUCUCCUCACGCAGGAAUUAAUGCAUAAUUAUCAUAAAGAUUAUGGCCCUCCUAGGUGUGCAUUUAAGGUUGACAUCCAAAAGGCUUACGACACUGUGGAUUGGAAAUUUCUUGAAGAUGUUUUGCUGGGUUUCGGCUUCAAUCAGUUGAUGAUUAAGUGGAUCAUGCUUUGUGUCUCUACUCCAUCGUAUUCUAUUUGUGUGAAUGGUAGUGUUCAUGGUUAUUUCAAGGGCAAACGGGGCCUCCGACAAGGAGACCCUAUAUCUCCUUACCUAUUCACAUUGGUGAUGGAAGUUUUGACGUGUCAGUUACAACAUGCCUCUUCUAUUGAUUCAUCUUUCAGGUUCCAUAACAAAUGCCAACGUCAACGCAUUAUCAACCUGUGCUUUGCGGAUGAUUUGUUUCUGUUUGCUAGGGGGGACGUGAGGUCGGUUUCAUGUAUUAUGAAUGCUCUUUCUCAAUUUUCUCAUAUGUCGGGCUUGAUUCCAAAUGUUCAAAAGAGUACCAGCUUUUUUUGUAAUGUUCCGCAACAUGUUAAGGAGGCUAUUCUAGGAAUCAUGCCGUUUGUUGAAGGUGAGUUACCGGUCAGGUAUUUGGGGGUCCCGUUGAUUUCAACUAGGCUCUUAUACAAAGACUGUAGUAUUUUAAUUGAGAGAUUGGAGAAGCGUAUUUUAAAUUGGAAGAAUCGCCUUUUGUCUUUUGCGGGUAGGCUACAGCUGAUGCUCUCUGUCUUAUCUUCUAUGCACAUUUUUUGGGCUUCCGUGUUAAUUCUUCCGGCUAGAGUUAUCAAGGAGUUAGAAACAAAAAUGAGAAAUUUUCUGUGGUCGCAAGAUACUUCAUUUCAAAGAGGGAAAACUAAGGUUUCGUGGAACUCUAUAUGUAAGCCGAAAUACGAAGGAGGGCUUGGGUUGCGAAGGAUUCAAGAUGUCAAUAAGGCUCUUAUGGUUUCUCAUAUAUGGAGUAUUAUUACCAAGCGGGAUUCUCUUUGGGUGCAAUGGAUAUACUCUAACAGGUUAAGGAAUUCUAACUUCUGGGAGUGCAGGAUUCCUUCAGUGUGUUGCUGGAGUUGGAGGAAGAUUUUGCAGUUACGACCAAUUAUUAGGAAUUUUAUUUGGUCAAAACUUGGUGACGGGGGGAUGACAUCCGCUUGGUAUGACCGUUGGUGUGAGUGCGGCCCUUUAGCCAUAUUCAUAUCUCCUCGUAUUAUUCAUGCUGCUGGGUUUUCCAUUCAGGAUUCGGUCAGUAAUGUCUGGGCGGAUGGCUCGUGGAAGUGGCCUGAGGCUUGGAGAGAUUUAUUUCCGGUUUUGAUUCAGCUUGAUACCUUACGGCUUACUCCGAACCGUAGAGACCGUCUUCUUUGGAAGGAUGGGGAUAAAUCGUUUGAGUAUUCGUCUGCGUGCGUGUGGGAUUCUAUCCGUGCCAGGGAGACGGAAGUAGAAUGGGGGAAAGUGGUUUGGUUUUCUCAAUGCAUUCCUCGGCAUGCGUUCCUUAUGUGGCUUAUCAUGCGUAGGAAACUCUUGACUCAGGAUAAAAUUCUUCAAUGGGAUUUGUCGAGAAGAAAGAAUAUGAACAUGAUGUGCUGUUUAUUGUGUUUCGAAAAUAAUGACUCUCUCGAGCAUCUGUUUUUCGAAUGUAAGUUCUCGACUCAGAUUUGGCUCUCAGUUAGGGAUAAGGUGAAUAUGGCCACUGUCGAACCGAAGUGGACUGAUGUGAUAAAUUGGCUCUUAGCGAGAGGAGCGUCUAAAUCGGUUUUCAAUUACUCUAGUCGCCUCACAGUUGCAGCUUCAGCAUACUUCAUUUGGCAAGAGCGUAAUGCUAGACUGUUUAAAAAUCAAACAAGACCUCCGGAUACUAUUACCUCCUUGAUUCUUCAGACUGUUCGAUACAAACUUAUGGGAGUAAAGUACAAAAGAAUGGAUAAAGUUAGACGCUUUCUAGAGCUGUGGGAUAUUCAUGAGGAUGGGAUGCUAGAAGACGCGGGCUAG